UUUAAAACCGGAAGGGCUUGGCCUGCUAGGCCCGUAGUACUAGUAUUCAUUUCCCAAAGAGAAAAAACACACACGACGGAACUCACUCUUAUCUCAGUUAUCCGUCUAUCUCUGGCUUUACCGUGGCGCAGGCAGCAGUCGGAACCGUUUGGUAAACUUUGGGGCUAGUUGCGAUUGGCUUCUCAAGUGGUUGGGGGGAAUGAGCUGCGCCUUUAGUCUACUUGAGUCAUGCCACCUCCCUUGUUCAAUAUAUCUAUCAACAACCUUCCGCUUCUCAAGAGGCUUCUACCAGAUGCAGAGGCCUAUAAAGCACAAGACCUUGUGCUUGUGUAGAAACAUGCAGACUUUCGCUUGCGAGCUCGUCAAAGCAAGCUAUGUACCCACUCCCCAAACUAAACCCAAGGAUCAAUCAUUAGCAAAAGUAGAAACUAUUGGUGCAUUUCAGAAGCUGCCAAUGGUGAUGCCAUCAGUUGAUAUUUUCCAAUCUGCUUUGAGGAAGGCGAAGAGGGUCUUGCCUACAAAAGGCAUUGCAAAUGUAGCAAAGAGAGAACGAAAUAGAGGUGCAAAGCAACUCGAUGCACUGAUGAAAGAAUUGGCAGUUCCACUGAGAGGGUACAUAGAGAAUUUCCCCAAAAGAAUCUAUUUGCAUCCUUAUGAACGAUCUCUUAUUGAGUUGACAUUUGGGGCUGGAAAUUAUGAAGAGGUUCUGAAAAAGGUAGAUGCUCUUAGGAAGAAGGUGGUAUCUGUUGGAAAGGAACAUGCUUCUCUUUGUGCCAAGUCUUUAUCAAAGAAGGAAGCAGAGGAACGAUUGACUGAGGGUUUGGAGAAACUUCAAGAAAUCUUCAAGUGUGAAGGACAGGCUAUUGAUGAUUUAUUGUAUAUUGCAAAGACUUUGAGAGCCAUGCCAGUUGUGGAUCUAGAAAUGCCAACCCUGUGUCUUGUUGGAGCACCAAAUGUGGGGAAGUCAUCAUUGGUCCGUCUACUCUCAACAGGAAAGCCUGAGGUGUGCAACUAUCCUUUUACAACAAGAGGAAUUCUCAUGGGUCAUAUUACUCUAGAUUACCAGCAUUUUCAGGUGACCGACACCCCAGGCUUGUUGAAGAGAUGUGAUGAAGACAGGAAUAAUUUGGAAAAGUUAACACUUGCUGUGCUCUCACAUUUGCCAACAGCAAUUCUUUAUGUUCAUGAUUUAUCAGGACAGUGCGGUAUGUCACUGUCUGAUCAGUUCAUGAUAUACAAAGAGAUUAGUGAAAGGUUUGGGAAUCACCUAUGGCUUGAUGUUAUCUCAAAAUGUGAUCUGUUGAAAGAAUCUCCUGUAGUCUUCAUAACAGAAGAUAGGGAAGUUGAUCAUCUUGAAUUGGCUAACUAUCGAAAAAUAGGCCCUGAAGGUGCACUCCGUGUAUCAGUAAAAAAUGAAGAUGGAAUCGAUAAGCUGAAGAAGAAGGUGCAUGAGCUGUUGAUGUCUCAGAUGGAGAGGAUCAAAAGUAAAAGGAUCCAAGAUAACAUAGAAGUGCUUAGAUAAAAGAGUUACGUCCAUAUCUCCACUCCACUGAUGUGUUGCACAGGUUGAUAUGUUGUAAUCAAUUUUGGGAUUCCGAAUAGUUUGGUUAUUAUGACAUUGUGAAGAGUGCAAAAUGAGUAGAAUCCACAAGUUUGAUGGUCAAAACUGUAAAGGUCAGAACUAGGGAAUUAUAUGGGUCCACUCCAUAAAUGUGUUGCAUAUGGUGAAGUUUUGAAAUCUGAUUCUGAUGGCAAA